AUGUCAUUGGCAUCUGAUUUACGGCGCCCUAUAAACAAGACAAGAUGGUCGCCGGGAGCAAGCCUCUUUUGUACACAUUCUUUUUAUUCUCAUUUUCUUUCUUUCUUUUUUUUAGUCUUCCUUUCUUUCUUCCUUUCUGUUCUAAAGGUCCUUUCUUUCUUUCUUUCUUUCUUCCUUUCUUUCUUCAGGUUUUGUUUUAAUUUUAUUUCUUUAUUUCUCUCGACAUAUUUUCUUUCUUAUUCUUUUCUUAUCACGUCUUCUUUGUUUCCACCGUUCAUUUUCUUUCUUUUUAAUAUAUUUGCAAUUCACCUUUUUCUUCAUAUUUAUUCUUUCGAAAAACUUUAUUUUUACGCUUUUUUCUUUCUUUUCUUUCUUUUAACUUUCUUCUUUGAUUAUUUUUCUUUCUUUAGGUUUGAUUUUAUUCUUUUUUUCUUUCUUUCUUAUGAUUUUGUUUUAGUUCUUUCUUUCUUUUUUUUAUUUUUACUUUCUUUCCUCCUUUCUUUCUUUCUUUAUACGAUGCUGUCAUCCUUUCUUCUUCCUUUUUCUUUCUUUCUUUCUUCAAUGCUUCGCUUCUUUCUUUCUUUCUUUCUUUCUUUCUUUCUUUCUUUCUUUCUUUCUUUCUUUCUUUCUUUCUUUCUCAUUUCUUCUUACCUAAUCUCUAUAACUUUAUCUUCUUUCAACGUAACAGUUGUUUCUCUUUUUCUCCCUCUUUCAUUCCUCUGCAUUACGUCAUUCCCGUUGCAUUUAUUUUAUUUUUCAUCUGAUUGUUUUCCCGCCUUUUUCGCUCCUUACUUCAUUAUUCCACCUUCAUACAUUAACAAAAAAAAAAAGGGAUUUUUUCCUUCCUUCCAUAUUUCCUUCUUCUCUUGA